CCGCUGCCACCCAGGUGCUCCUGAGCCGAGGAACGCGGGCGGUGGUCGCGGGGAGGGGAAGGGGAGCCCGGGGAGACCGCAGCAGGAUGGGCGGGCGGCCCUCGAGCCCUCUGGAUAAGCAACAGCGGCAGCACCUAAGGGAUCAGAUGGACACCCUGCUGAGGAACUUCCUGCCCUGCUACCGCAGGCAGCUGGCGGCAUCAGUCCUUCGGCAGAUCUCCCGAGAGCUGGGCCCCCAGGAGCCGGCUGGAAGUCAGUUGCUACGAAGCAAAAAGCUGCCCCGAGUCCGUGAGCACCAAGGACCCCUGACCCAGUUUCGGGGCCACCCACCCCGGUGGCAGCCGAUCUUCUGUGUUCUGCGUGGGGACGGCCGCCUGGAGUGGUUCAGCCACAAGGAGGAAUAUGAAAACGGGAACCGGCCCCUUGGCUCCACAGCCCUGACGGGAUACACACUCCUGACUUCCCAGCGUGAAUAUCUCUACCUUUUGGAUGCUCUCUGCCCGGCCUCCUUGGGAGACCGUACUCAGGAAGAGCCUGACUCUCUCUUGGAAGUGCCUGUGAGGUUCCCCCUAUUCCUCCAGCACCCCUUCCGCCGGCACCUCUGCUUCUCUGCAGCCACCAGGGAGGCACAGCAUGCCUGGAGGCUGGCACUGCAGGGUGGCAUCCGGCUUCGGGGCACAGUCCUGCAGCGAAGCCAGGCCCCUGCUGCCCGGGCCUUCCUGGACGCCGUCCGACUCUACCGGCAGCACCAAGGCCACUUUGGCGACGACGACGUGACCCUAGGUUCAGACGCCGAGGUGCUGACCGCGGUGCUGAUGCGGGAGCAGCUUCCAGCGCUGCGAGCUCAGACCCUUCCGGGCCUGCAGGGGGCCGGCCGCGCCCGCGCCUGGGCCUGGACUGAGCUUCUGGAGGCCGUUCACGCAGCUGUCCUGGCCGGGGCCUCCGCCGGGCUCCGCGCCUUCCAGCCCGAAAAAGACGAGCUGCUUGCGACGCUGGAGAAGACGAUCCGCCCGGACGUGGACCAGCUGCUGCGGCUGCGGGCGCGCGUGGCUGGGCGGAUGCGGACGGAUAUCAAGGGACCGCUCGAGUCCUGCCUGCGCCAGCAUGUGGACCCGCAGCUGCCCCGUGUCGCUCAGACCCUGCUGGACACCGUGGAAGCCUUGCUCGAGGUGGUGCGGACCCUCCUGGCUCAAGGCAUGGACCGACUGUCGGGCCACCUGCGCCAGAGCCCAUCGGGCACGAGGUUGCGCAGGGAGGUUUACGCAUUCGGGGAGAUGCCAUGGGACUUGGGGCCGAUGCAGACAUGCUACCGUGAGACCGAGCGGAGCCGGGGGCGCUUGGGGCAGCUGGCAGCACCGUUCGGCUUCCUGGGGAUGCAGAGCCUCAUGUUUGCGGCCCAGGAUCUUGCACAGCAGCUCAUGGCUGACGCCGUGGCCACCUUCCUGCAGCUGGCCGACCAGUGUCUGACCACGGCUCUCAACUGUGACCAGGCUGCCCAGAGGCUGGAGAGAGUCAGGGGGCGCGUGCUGAAGAAGUUCGAAUCGGACAGCGGGCUGGUGCAGAGGCGGUUCAUCCGAAGCUGGGGUCUCUGCAUCUUUUUACCUUUUGUGCUGAGCCAACUCGAGCCGAGCUGCAGGAAGGAGCUGCGUGAGUUUGAGGGGGAUGUCCUUGCCGUGGGCAGCCAGGCUCUGACCACCGAGGGCAUCUAUGAGGACGUCAUCCGUGGGUGCUUGCUGCAGAGGAUUGACCGAGAACUGAAAAAGGCCCUUGGUGCCAGUGAUGUAUCCUGCACUCUGGAUGGCUGCUUGGAGGUCCCAUGGGAACAGGAGGAAGCAGACGAGGAAACUGAGGCUGAGCGAGAAGGAGCGGCCUGUCCCAGGCAGCCAGGCUCUGGUGCCCAGAUCCAGCCACUCGGCCCAUCGCCUUCUCGAGGAACACUCCAGAGCUGAAUCUUCACCCGAAUCUAUCUUGUUUCUAUUGGAUAAAUGUCUACAAGUGGAAUUUUUGAGCCAAAAUGGAUAUGCCAUCUUUAGGCUUUUGUACCCACUGCCCCUCCAGAAAACUGUGCCAUUUUAUACUCCGAGCAGCAACAUUUGUGUAUUUUUUCCAAGUCUUUUCUUUUUUUUUUUUUUUGAGGUAGAGUCUUGCUCUGUUGCCUAGGCUAGAGUGCAGUGGCAUGAUCUUGGCUCACGUAACCUCCACCUCCCAGGUUCAAGUGAUUCUCCUGCUUCAGCCUCCUGAAUAACUGGGAUUACAGGCGCCUGCUGCCAUGCCCAGUUAAUUUUUGUAUUUUUAGUACAGACGAGGUUUCACCAUGCUGGCCAGGCUGGUCGCAAACUCCCGUCCUGAAGUGAUCUGCCCUGCCUCGGCCUCCCAAAGUGCUGGGAUUACAGGCAAGAGCCACGGAGCCCAGCCAUUUUUUUUUCUAAUAAUAGAGACAGGGUCUCGCUAUGUUGCCCAGGCUGGACUUGAACUCCCGAACUCAAGCCAUCCUUCUGCCUCAGCCUCCCAAAGUGCUAGGAUUAUAGGAGUGAUCCACCCUGUCCAGCCUCCAAAUCUUCUCAACACAAGGACUUUUCAUAAAAAGAAGAAACUAUGCCAAUUAGACACACACAGUAAUCUCAUUCUUUUAUUUCAAAUUUCUUUGACUAAAUUGAACUUACAAAUAAGUUUAUUACGGCUGGGCGCAGUGGCUGAUGCCUGUAAUCCCAGCACUUGAGAGGCUGAGGCGGGCAGAUCACUUGAGCUCGGGAGUUCAAGACCAGCCUGGCUCACAUAGUGAGACCCCAUCUCUACAAACAAAUACAAAAUUAAUAGCCGGGAGUGGUGGCUGAUGCCUGUAAUCCCAGCACUUUGGGAGGCGGAGACAGUUGGAUUGCUUGAAGACAGGAGUUUGAGACCAGCCUGGGCAACAUGGCGAAACCCCAUCUCUACUAAAAAAAAAAAAAAAAAAAAACAAACAAACAAAAAAAAACUGAGCUGAGAUGGUCGAUUUACCUAUUUACCUAAGCCUGGGAAGUCAAAGCUGCAGUGAGUGGUGAUUGUACCACUGCACUCCAGCCUGGGCCAUGGGGGUGAGACCCUGUCUCAAAACACAAGAUCCAAAUAUGUUGAUUAGCCAUUGGCAUGUUUGUAGUUCUGUUUUUUUAUUUUAGCGAAUUGCCUGUCCAUAGCUUUGUUCUACUUUUCAGGAGUGUUUAUGUUUUUCUUACUGAUAUCUAAUCACUUUUUUUUUUUUUUUAAUCUCAAGGAUAUGAAGGCUUCGUGAUACAGGUUACAGAUUUUUUUUUUUUUCCCCUCGGCUUGCUGUGAGCUGUUAGGGUUUGUUUCCUAGCUGCAAAUCUUAACUUGGUAUCAGGUUUCCCGGCUGGGAGAGCAGCUUUUCCAGAACUCCCUCUGCUUGCCAGAAAAGUCAUCUGCUAAGUAGAUAUUGGCAGCCUCUCCACUCUCAUGAACUUUGCAGCUGCUUCCGGAGUGGGUUCCACAGGGAUUCCCCUGUGUUCUUGGUUCCGCUUACAGAGGGACUGUCACACUCCAUGGGGACACUUUCCUCCCAUUCUAUCUGGAGUUUUCAGCCUUCCCUAAGACAAUGAGAUAUUCCUGACCUUUCCAGCUAUUUCCCUCCAGCCCCACCUUCCGAAAUACAUUUGCGCAUACAUUUGCACU